AUGCAAUUAUUUCUGCUCAUUUUUUGUCUUUCCAUUUGGUUAAGUGGAACCGUUAUUGCAGAAAGUAAUACAAAGUUUCAAAUAGAUUAUGGUGCCGCUGUAUGGGGUGCGAAAGCUCCAGAUUAUUCAUUAGCUACAGUAAACCCUGGUACUACAAUUUUCAUUAGAGGCAUAAUAUUUGUUGAUAACAAAACGACAAACUAUUACGAGUAUGACAUGAUCCGAGUUAAAACAAAUAUCAUGAAAAUGGUAGACGAAGCAAAUCAGUAUUUGAAUCAGUUGAGUGUUGGAUUGGUUAUUGUUGGAAUUUAUCAAACAAAUCGAGGAGAUUUAAGCCUUCAGUCAUUUCAAGAAUACAGAAAUGCUAGAAUGGAUAAGCUUCCUGAUCAUGAAUUCGCCACUCUUAUUUCCUACAAGUAUGCAGGUGGAUUGGCAUAUGUGGACGGCUUGUGUUCGAGUCAUUCAGUUUCAUUGUCUGGGUUUUACCCCAAUGAACCAAGAGCAAUGGGCUCAAUAUUUUUCCACGAGCUGGCUCAUCUUGUUGGAGUACCACAUCGCGCAAUUAAUGAAUCACUUUAUGUGCCAAAUUGCGCAUGCACUCCAAAAAUGUCAAAAGGAGACGAAGGAUGCUUAAAAAUACCUGGCUUCGAUCAUGACUGCACAGUUCAACAAUUCAUUAACGUCAUUUACAAAAACAAAUGUCUGCCCAACGCUAUUGAAUUCGAAACAAGUGAGCCGGUUUGUGGCAACGGAGUUCUUGAAGAAGGUGAAGAUUGUGAUUGCGGGUUGCCAGGCCGUUGCAGUGAUUUUAAUUGCCAUCCGCAUACCUGCACCUAUUUUAUGCAUCCAUUCGUUGUGUUCCUGAUUGCGGCCACUGUUUCAUUGUUCCUUGUAACCAUCACCUGGAUUCUAAUUCGUCGAUAUUUCGGAAAAAUGUUGAAUUGUUUCAAGAAAUAUACAAACAAGCAUAACAAGAAUUCGAGUCCCUAUAUGAAUGGACAAAUCCAAAUAUUGGCUGCCAGUCCGUAUCAAAACAGAAAAAUGUCGCAUUCAUCGAUUGCUGCUAGUGGCAGCAUUGUUGUAAGUAAUGAUUCAAGAUUUGCAACAAUUCAGCGUCCGAAAGUUCCCCCACCGCCACCACCACCACCAAAAACUACAAUCAGAGUUGUCAAUUCCAACUCCGGACAAUAUGGUUCAGAGAAAGUGUGCAAAUCAUAUCGUGAAAGCUUCUAUGAUGAUUUUAGCGAUGAUGAUUUUGAGUCUGACCCUGAAAUGGAACCACCUUCUGUGUAUCCAUUGCCCACUGGAGUUCCGACUUGUCCAUCAUAUUCAACAGCAAAAGCUCCAAUUAACAGAGUCAAAGUUGAACUUCAUUCUCCUCGUACCAACAGCACAACCACAACAUCCAACUCGUCUAAUUCGUUCUCAUUUUAA